GUGGGAUGAUGCAGUCACAGCUGUCAUCUGGAAUGCAGCAACAUAACAUGAACCAAAACACAAAUAUGGUGAGCAUGGGCCAGCAAGGGAUGGUGAACACCAUGUCUACAAUGACUGCCAACAGCAAUGGCAAUGACAUGAUGAAUAACAUGAUGGGUAACAUGAUGGGUUCAUUGCAGCCUCCCCCUCCUCCUCCUGUCAACCCAGCAACCAAUGAUGCACCUCUUGACUUCAAUGUUAACAGGAACAAGGCGCCUGCACCAAUUCCCUUGCAUUCAGGCAACGGAAUGCAAGACAACAUGACGAGCUCCGACAUGAACCUGGUGAGCAGCAACGGUGAUGGUCAGGAGGACAGCAAAGACGGUGUACUGAGCGGUACCAGCCGUCGGGACCGAGACCGUGAUGGUUCCCGUGGACGCGAUCGUGACCGUGAUGGCCGGGACCGUCAGAGGGGUGGUCGUGGCAGGGACCGGGAUAGAGACCGUGACAGGUCUGGAGGCCGCAGCCGCGUGUCUCGUGACAGGGACAGCAGCCCUGGGCGCAGAGAUGGACGACGACGCGACUCUGUCAACACCAGGACUGAUGCCGCUGCCAUGGAUCAGUACGCUCCUGGCAAUGCAGUUAUGACGGGUACGGGUAUGGACGGACAGCAACAACAACAACUUCAACAGCAGCAAUACGCUCAGAUGGCCGGUAACCCUUGGGGCAUGUGGAACCCUAUGGGCCAGCCCAUGGCUGGGCCAAUGGGACCUAUGGGGCCCAUGACACAAAUGGCUGGGAUGACUGGAAUGACUGGAACUGUCGGGCCCAUGGGACCCAUGGCUCCUAUGGGGCAAAUGGCGGGCCCUAUGCUUACUGGAGAAGUGCAACCGACGGGUGACUUCCGCAUCACAUGGGGCAUGUUUGGUUGGAUGAUGUCGCCCGAAGGUCUGACAGUGCCUAUCAAGAACCAGCUCGUGUGCAAGGAAGUGACGCUUGUGCCGCCCAAUAGACUUGCACCUCCGCCCACCACCAGGGAGCGACCGCUCGGCUGCAGAACUGUCUUCGUGGGGGGCUUGCCAGAGAAUGUCACAGAGGAGAUGGUCGUAGACGUUUUUGAGCGCUGUGGAGAAAUCACCACUGUGCGUCUGAGCAAGAAGAACUUUGCUCACAUCAGAUAUGAGCUUGAGGAAUAUGUUGAGAACGCUAUUUUCCUGUCUGGGUUGACCAAACGGUACGAGUGGGAGUGCCGUCAGCGCGCCCUGCAGCGGGAGCAGCGACACAGAGAGCGCGUUGAGGCUGAGCGGCUGCGGCCACCUUCACCUCCCCCGGUGCCGCACUACACCGAGCACGAGGCUACCAUCGUCGCUGAGCACCUCAAAGGGGAAGAUGGAAAUGUGCCAGGCUUGGACACGUUCACUAAAGCUGCCACGACACUGAUAACCUGGCUUGAGCGCGGCGACUGCAGCAAGCGCAAUACAGGCACCUUCUACAGCAUGAUCCAGAGCACCAGCAGCCAAGUCCGUCGCCUCAGCGCCGAGAAGAUGCAAUACGAAGAGGAACUCGCCAAAUUCCGCGAGCAGACUCGUGCCAGGAUGCAAGGCAUCGUCGCUCAGUUCAGUCAGAUCGAGAAGGUGUUCUCUGCGUGCAGUCAACAGAAGGUCUGGGAUCACUUCACCAAGGCUCAGAGGCGCAACAUUGACAUGUGGAAGAAACAGGCGCAAGAGGUGAAACGCAUCCAACUAGACGACUCAGACCGCGAGGAUGCCGAGGAGAUGGAAGUUUCUGAUGACGAAGGCAGCGCCUCUUCCUCGUCGAAGGGCAUGAAGGCCAUGAAAAAGUCCACCGCCAACGAUGCUCUCAAGGAAGAGAACGACAGUUUGCGCUGUCAGCUGGAGGCAUACAAGAACGAGGUGGACAUGGUCAAGGUGGACCUCAAGGCUGAUCUCAACGCCAAGGAGGAGCAAAUAAACACUUACAAGCAGACGCUGCAGGGCAUGCAACAGAGUCUGACCGACAACGUGGUGCGUAAACGUAAAGACGAAGCGCGGAUACAAGAGCUUCAGAGCAAGCUGGUCCGCCUUCAGGAGACGCUGCGGCAGCUCAAGAAGGAGAAAAGUUCUAGUGACAAAGAAGCUCUCGACGACAAGGACGAAGACAAGGAGCUUAUUUACGAGGAUGGCAGUGACUUGAAAGAGGAUAAGGAAGAAGACACUGACGUUAUUGCCGUGACCUCGUCUAUCGCCGCAGUGGACGACAAAGCGGCCUGGCUUAUUGGUCUCACUUCAACAUUCCUUCACAUCCAUCCUAAAGGCGCCUCGGUUGAUUAUAUCUGGUCUUACAUUCAGCAGUUCGACAAGGAAAUCAAACCUGCCGACGUCGAGAGCAUGCUUAACCAGUUCCCGACCGUAUACAAGCAGAUCACGACGGGCGUCGGCGCCUGUCUUGAGCGCAAGUGGAUCUUCACAGGCCUGCGUGGUGACAAGACUGACCAGUUUGCCUGGUGAACCGGUUUCUCUUGAUAAUUUAUUUCAAUUCGAAUAUCACCACGUGGAUGAACUUCUUAUUUUUCUGUUCGACUCUGAGUAGCAUUUAACAGUGAACUAUCAGCGUUCACAGUAAGCCACUAGCCACUGAUAAGAUCGUGUGAAUGAAGGAAGGGUUAGAAUGCAUAACGUGUAAUUUGUCUGUAUGAAUUUGCCGGUAAAUUGCACUAAUCCCUGUGUUCGGUAACCGAACUGAGUUCAGUCAAAUUGGCUGCUCGUUGGUAUCUACUGUAGGUUUUUCACCUGAUUGGGCGCAAUUUACAGCUAUUCACUUUGUGCUUUUAAUGCAGAAUUCAGACCAGAUUGAAUAUUCAGAUUUUUUCAUGUG